AUGUGUUCUUCAGAAGCUAGGGCGUCCCCCAGAAGCGACGCGCAUUGUCCUCGCCCGGGCAAUGUGGCAAGUGUGCGGUGGCUACCGGCUAGAGGACGGAGCCGGCCAAAGAAGUUAGUGCGCCAUCGCCAACAACAUCCAUUGCGCUUGGCAACAUUUAACGUUAGGACGAUUACUGGAAGAAGUCGUGAACCGGCAAACAGUCUCAGAAAACGCCAUGUUGACAUGUGCUGUGUACAGGAGACUCACUGCAAAGGCUCCAAGUCAAGGGAAUUAGGCGAUGGCUACAAGAUCAUCUACCACGGUACAUCAAAUCGCAAUGGCGUUGGUAUCACAUUGAACAUGACUUUUAGAAACAGCAUCACAGCGGUGGAUCGACUAUCGGACCGUCUGAUGGCUGUAAAAGUAGACACAGGAGAAGUGGAAUUGCGAGUCGUCUCUGCGUAUGCGAAACAGGUGGGCUGUAGUGAAGAAGAGAAGGCGUACUUUUGGGAAGAUCUAGAACAGUACGUCCAAUCGCUGGAAGGCGAAGAAGUACUUUUAAUCGGAGGAGACUUCAACGGACAUGUCGGUUCCCGGAAAGACGGAUUCGAGAGUUGUCAUGGUGGAUACGGCUAUGGAGCUCGUAACGACGACGGGUUGCGAAUCCUGGAGUAUGCUGUUGCAAGUGAUUUGAUCAUUGCUAACACGCAGUAUCGGAAAAGAAAAUCGCAUUUGAUCACGUACACCAGCGGCGGUCGUGAAACACAAAUAGAUUUCUGGAUGUUACGCGGACGAGAUCGCCGACUUCUGCAGGAUUCAAAAGUCAUCCCUACAGAUCAAGUCGCUGCCCAACACCAUCUGCUCUUUAUGGACUUGAAAAUCUCCCACCCAAGGAAGAGAUAUAAAGGACUGAAACACAGCGCAUCAGAUGGUGGAAACUGA